CCGGUGGGGGGGGCAGCGGGGCAGGGCAGCGGGGCAGGACCGCAGACAGGUCUCCCCACACAGCUCCCUUAGCCACACUUGCAGACUCGUCUGUCUGUCCACAACCCGCUCCCACCUCAGGUCCAGGCUGACAGUGAGAGAUGGGCUCUGAGCUGGAGACAGCGAUGGAGACGCUCAUCAAUGUGUUCCACGCGCACUCGGGCAAGGAGGGAGACAAGUACAAGCUGAGCAAGAAGGAGCUGAAGGAGCUGCUACAGACCGAGCUCUCGGGCUUCCUGGAUGCCCAGAAAGAUGCAGAUGCCGUGGACAAGGUGAUGAAAGAGCUAGACGAGAAUGGAGACGGGGAGGUGGACUUCCAGGAGUACGUGGUGCUGGUGGCUGCCCUCACAGUGGCCUGUAACAACUUUUUCUGGGAGAACAGCUGAGCAGGCAACCCCAGUGAGCAGCACCCUUCCCCUUCCCUGAUUCCUCAGCUCCCCACUUUUUCCUCCCUGCGCUCCUACCCUUGUCCACCCUCCAUCAAGGGUGCAAGAGUAGAGGGCCAAGCCUACCGCUCAACUUUCAUUAAAGGCUCUUCUCUAGCCA